AUGUUAGCGUUAACAGCAACAAACAACAACAACGAUAAACAACAGCAAGAGCAACUAUUGCUUGUUGCUGUUGUUGCUAGUGUUGCUGCUGUUGCUGUUGUUGUUGCUGAUGUUGCUAUUACUGUUGCUGUUGUUGCUGUUGUUGUUGUUGCUGCUGUUGGUGUUGUUAAUGCUGUUGCUUCUUUUGUUGUUGCUGUUGUUUGUUGUUGCUGUUGCUGGUGCUAUUGCUUUAUUGUUGCUGCUGCUGUUGUUGCUGUUACUGUUACUGUUGGUGCUGUUGCUGUUGUUACUGCUGGUGUUGCUCCUGUUGCUAUUGGUAUUAUUAGUGUUGUUGCUGCUACUGUUUGGAUUCAUGAUGUUCGGAUUCCCGAGUUUGUUGCUUCUGCUACUGCUCGGAUUCAUGAUGUUCGGAUUCCCGAGUUUUGUAGCUGCUGUUGCUUAUUAUUGUUGUUGUUACUGUUGUUGUUUGUUGCUAUUGCUGUUGUUGCUGCUUAUUGUUGCUGUUGCUGUUAUUGCUUGUUGAUGUUGUUGUUGUUGCUGUUGUUGUUGAUGUUGUUAUUGUUGAUGUUGCUGUUAUUGCUUGUUGAUGUUGUUGCUGUUGCUGUUGCUGUUGUUAUUGUUGUUGCUGCUGUUCGGAUUCUCGAGUUGUACUUUGGAGAUUAUUGUUAUCAGAUGAGUCUUCAAGUGUAG